AUGAAGGAGCACACCAUUUCAAUAAAAGGAAGAGCAAAAGGCUUAGAUACAUCAAUGGAGGGAAAAGUACACGAAGUGCCGGCCAUCGGCAUCGACCUAGGAACAACCUACUCGUGUGUUGCUGUCUCGAUCCAUGAUCGAAUCGAAAUCAUACCCAAUGAACAAGGCUACAGAACCACACCGUCUACUGUUGCUUUUCUUGAUACAGAACGUCUCAUUGGCGAUGGUGCCAAGAACCAAGUGGCCAUGAACCCUGCUAACACCAUAUUUGAUGCUAAGAGGUUGAUUGGACGGAAGUUCAGUGAUCCCAAAGUGCAGGGAAAUAUGAAAUUGUGGCCUUUUAGGGUCACAGAAGGGCCUGCCGACACUCCGAAGAUUGUUGUCUCCUAUAGAGGUGAAGAGAAGGAAUUUUUAGCCGAAGAAAUUUCGUCAAUGAUUCUUGGAAAGAUGAAAGAAAUUGCUGAGGCAUACCUUGGAAAGGUUGUGAAAAACGCUGUGAUAACCGUUCCGGCUUAUUUUAACGAUUCACAACGUCAAGCAACCAAGGAUGCAGGUACGAUUGCUGGUUUAAACGUUCUUCGCAUGAUCAAUGAGCCUACGGCAGCUGCAAUUGCUUAUGGUCUGGACAAUAAGUCUGAGUUUAUUGGUAAGAUAAAUGUGCUCAUCUUUGAUUUGGGAGGGGGUACUUUUGAUGUCUCUCUAUCCACAAUUGAGGAAGGGGGCAUUUUUGAGGUGAAAGCUGUUUCUGGCGAUACUCACUUGGGAGGUGAGGAUUUUGACAACCGCAUGGUGGAUCACUGUGUUGCUGAAUUCAAAAGGAAAUGGAAUAAGGACUUGACAGGGAAUCAAAGAGCGUUAGGGAGGUUGAGAUUUGCUUGUGAGAAAGCAAAAAGGAUUCUCUCAAGCACUACUCAAACUUCAAUCGAAUUGGAUUGCUUGCAUGAUGGGAUUGACUUCUCGUUGAAGUUCACUCGAGCUAAGUUUGAAGAGCUGAACAUGAGCUUGUUUAGUCAGUGCAUUGAAACUUUAGACCAAUGUUUAAAAGAUGCUAAGGUGGACAAAUCAUGGGUAGACGAGAUUAUUCUUGUUGGCGGCUCAACAAGGAUACCAAAGGUCCAACAUAUGUUGCGGGAACUCUUUGGGUGGAAGGAGCUGUGCAAGAGCGUAAACCCUGACGAGGCUGUAGCAUUCGGUGCAGCCGUUAUGGCUGCAAAGUUAAGUGGUAGCAAUGAUAAAAGUGUUCAAGAUUUGUUGCUACGUGAUGUCACUCCUUUGUCACUUGGUGUAGAGCUAAAAGGAGAAGUAUUUGACGUUGUGAUCCCGCGAAACACUCAAAUACCUACGAAGAAAUUCAAAACGUAUAUUACAACAGAAGAUAACCAAUAUUCGACAGUAGUCAAGGUGUAUCAAGGUGAAAGGACCAAAUCUACAAAUAACCAUUUGUUAGGGAAGUUCACAGUUUCUGGAAUACCACCUGCUCCUAAAGGAGAAAUAAAGUUUGAGGACUGCUUUGAGAUAGAUCCUGAUGGUAUCCUCACAGUGACAUCAAAGAUAAUUUCAACUGGUAUGUCAAACAAACUCACAAUUGCUAACGAUAAGGGAAGGCUUUCCAAGGACGAGAUAGAAAGGAUGGUAAAAGAAGCUGAGAGGUACAAACUUGAGGACCAAGAAUACAAGAGGAGAGUGAAUGCACACAAUGAUUUAGAGGAUUGCUUAUAUAACAUGAAAAAAAAGGUCAGGGAAUACAAAGUCAGCAAGAGGGUGCACCCUGAGAGCUUGAAGAAAAUUGAGAAAGCCAUUGAUGAAACGAACGAGUGGCUCGAGGACAAUCAUGCUGCAACUACUAGCGAGCUUCAGCGCAAAAAGGUAUCUCUUGAGUUUGCUUGCACGCCACUAGUUUAGUUCUGGAACGGUGGUGAUAUGAUUAUGGGAUCUCUAAGCUUGUGAUAAGUUCUUGGCGUGAAUUGUUUUGGUAAUACAUGUGAAAAAAAUAAUCUAUAUGUGAUGUAUUAAAGAUGUUAUUUAAGUUGGGUUUAUUUAUUAUUACUUUCUGUCCGAUUAUAUCAUGAA